AAAAAUGAAUUCAUAAUGAUUAAAUUCUUAUCAAUAACGUUUUUAUUGAUGAUUUGUUGUUGUAUCAGCAACAUUCAUUCAAAUGAAGAAUAUAAAUGUCCAAAAAAUCAAUUCUAUUUAUAUCCAUGUCGUUGUACGGCCAAUGGUUAUUCAGGUAUCGAUUUACAAUGUAAUAAUUCAAAUCUAGCAACCAUAUCAUUAGCACUUGAUAAUGUUAAAACACCAAUCAAUCAUUUGAUUAUUAUUGAUUCGAAUAUAACUAGAUUAUUUGGACCAUUGUUCAAGGAUAAAAUCAUUCAAUCAUUAUCAAUUCAUAAUUCUAAUCUACAAAAAAUUGAUUAUGAAUGUUUGAAUGUAAAUACAAAUUUUAAAUCCAUUCAAUUGGAUACAAAUCGUUUCUUAUCAAUACCUGAAGCUAUUGGUAUUGAAUUAUCUAAUCUAACCAAAUUGACUGUGAUCAAUAAUGAACAAUCAAUUGUUGAAAUAAAAGCAAAUGAUUUUAAAAAGAAUGUUCAAUUAAUUGAAUUAAAUUUACGAAACAAUUCAAUUUCGAAAAUUGAUUCAUCUGCAUUCACACCGUUGACUGUUUUGGAAAAACUUGAUCUAAGUCAUAAUCGAUUGAAGAAAAUUGAACGAAAUCAAUUUCGUGCAAAUAAAAAGCUAAACUAUUUAGAUUUAUCGUAUAAUGAUUUUAAAGAGCUGGGAAAAUCCGAUUUCAAUGAUCUGGUAUCAGUAAAUACAUUGAAUUUAUCCUAUAAUGAUCUACGAGAAUUUCCUCGUUCCAUUUUUGGUCGUGUUUCACAGCUUAAAGUACUUAAUUUAUCCGGUAAUAAAUUCAAACAAAUCGAUUCAUAUAUGUUACGUGGUGUACGUUUUCUAAAAGAACUUUAUGCUAGCCAUAAUCUAAUCGAAGGAUUAGCUAAAAAUUCAUUCACAUCAACUACAAGAAUUAAAUUGAUUGAUCUAUCACAUAAUUUAAUGACAGAAGUAGAAACAGAAAUAUUCAAAGAUAUGCAAUGGCUUGAUUUAAUCGAUUUAAGCUAUAAUCAUAUAAAUAAAAUCAAAAAAGGUUCAUUUCAACGUAUGUUUAAAAUAGCAAUAAAAUUAAACAAUAAUAAUAUAUCGACUAUUGAAUAUAAAGCCUUUCAAGAAUUGGGCAAUAUUACUGAACUCGAUCUGUCAAAUAAUCAUAUUGAAAAACUUGGUGCCAAUAUAUUUGAUGAAUGUGAUUGUACUAUAUUCAAAUUGAAUGAAAAUCAAAUCAAAAAUCUAUCAAAUGUCGACAUAUUUGCCAAUCUGACUGGUCUACGUAUGUUAAAUUUAAGCCGAAAUUUUAUAACCGAAAUCAACCGUAAACAUUUUACAACAAAAAAACUUUAUGAAUUGAAUACAAUCGAUCUAAGUUUUAAUAAUAUAACGGAAAUAUCCGGAAAUGUAUUCGAUAAAUUUCUUUCCAUCCGACAUAUAAUAUUGACUAACAAUUUGAUCGAAAAAAUUAAUUAUAAUGCAUUCGGAUCAUUACCAACAUUAUUAGAAUUAGAUUUGUCACAUAAUCAAAUCAAUGAAAUAUCCAAUGGUGGUGUUUCGAAUUUAUUAUCAGUAAAAACUAUUUAUUUAAAUGAUAAUAAAUUAAAACAAAUGUUUCCCGUUUCAAUGGCCGUAAAUACAUUACAUUUGGAAAAUAAUCGAAUACAAUCGAUUGGAUCAAAUAUGUUUCCAAUGAUUAACGCUGUGUUGGUCGUCCAUUUAGAUAACAAUAAUAUUAGCCAAUUGGAUGAUAAUUCAUUCAGACAAUGUUUAUCAUUGAAUACAUUAACGUUGAAAGGAAAUCGAUUGAAUGAAAUACCGCAACGAGCCUUGGCACCAUUGACCUCAUUACAGAAACUGGAUUUGAGUUUCAAUCAGUUAAAAAAUUUAGGUCGUAACGCCUUAGGAACAUUGAAUAUUUUAUUCGAGCUUGAUCUAAGCAAUAAUGAGAUCAAGAAUAUCAGUGAAAAUGCCUUUGAUGGAUUGCUGCAAUUAUUGGCAUUGAAUAUUAGCCACAAUCAAUUGAAUCAAUUGACGCCCGAUGUUUUCAACACUUUAGUCUCACUUCGAACAUUAGAUCUAUCAUAUAAUCAUCUGAGCAAUUUAGACAAUAAAACGCAUAGUCUAUUUGGUCCACUUUUAUCGUUGGAAAGAUUGAAUUUAUCACAUAAUCAAAUUUCGAUUAUCAAAGAUCGUUCAUUUCCAUAUUCCCAAUGGAUUCCAUAUAAACUUCGCGAUUUAGAUCUUUCCUACAAUACUAUACCGGUGCUUACAUCAAAUUUCGAUAAUGGACUAACAAAAUUAAAUAGAUUAUCCUUAAAAGGUAACAUUAUCAAUGAAAUUCAUCCAAAUAUGCUGGGUAAUCUAACCGAGCUUGAAUAUUUGGAUCUUUCGGAAAAUGAUCUACGAAAAAUUUCAAAAGGUGUUUUGCAGCCUACACCAAAAAAUUUAAAAGAAUUGAAUCUAUCGGUCAACAAAAUAAAAUCAUUGUUUGUUGAUGAUAUCAAAUCUAUUUCAUCACUGAUAUCAUUGAAUCUUAGUUCGAAUCGAUUAAGUCAUAUUGAUGAAGGAUUAAUCGAGCGAAUCAAACAAAAUUUAACAAUAUAUUUUAAUGAUAAUUAUCUUCAUUGUGAUUGCAAAAUAAUGCCAUUGGUGUCAUGGAUAUUUUCCCAGCACCAUCAAUCGAAAUUAGAAGGCAAACAAUCAACUGUAUAUGAACAUUGGAGAUAUUUACAAUGUCAUGAACCAAUGUUUGUGAAAAAUAAAUUUAUGGUCGAUCUUCGAGCUAACCUGGUCGAUUGUGAUGAACAUGAACGUGAAUCAUAUGGGAAAAAAUUUAUUAGUACAUCAUCCAUACGUAUUCGAACAAUAGAUAAAUUUCGUAAACGACGACAAGAAUCGAUGCGUAUCGUUUGGUUUGUACAAAAUCAAAUAGAAGAUAUUGCAUCGUUUCAGAUAUUAUUACGAGCAGAAAAUAAUCCAAAUGAUUAUUUUAUCAAUGAAACAGUCAAUUAUUUAAAACGUUCAUUUAUUGUAAAUAAUCAUAAUCUACAACCUGGAAAUCGUUAUGUUCUUUGUAUAGUGCCAAUCGAUUCUAUGGGUAUUACAGUUUAUUCAAAUGGUGAUGAUAGAUUCGAACAACAUUGUAUUCGAUUCUAUAAUAGUCAUGCACAUGUUAUUAUUGAUGGUGAUCGAACCGAACAACAAUCAUUGAACGCACGAAAAACAAAUGCCAACUUAUCAUUAUCAUCAGCCGCAUUAUUUUUUUCAUCAAAUAUUUUGAUUAGCCAUCUUAUUCUAUUAUCCAUCAUUUUGUCAUAUUGUUUAUAUUAAUUUGGAAAAAAUUUUCCCUGUAAAUAAUAAAUUAUGUAGGCAGUAUUUGUUUGGUUGAUUUUUUUCCCAUUUGUAAAUAUAAUCUAAAUAAAGCAAAGAGUAUUUUUUAUGA